AUGAAGGCACAGAACCAGAACCUUCAGUUCAACCUGGCCGUUUUCACCUUCUGCCACUGUAUCUCCUUCAUACUCUUCUGUACACACUCUACACCGCACUUCGCUGAUGUCAAUCGUCAUCCAUUCCACCUGCUCCAAGCACCUUCCUUUUUCACUUGUCCCUCCUCCUGGUUUCCUUCCCUCAUCUCUCUCCCCCAUCUCUCCUCCCUUUUCCUGUUUGAACUCGAUUUCUUCUUGCACUUGCUGCAGAAACUUGACAACUUUCCACUGCUCCGCAAAGCUAUUGAGCUUGGUAGAGCCAGAAUGAAGAUGAUAAACAACGCUGUUGUGGUGGCACUGAGACAAAGAGCGGGAACAGACUCGCUGAAUGCAGCUAUGGUGAGGGCUGAGAAGCGAAUUAGUGCAUUGGAGAGGCAUCUGGAAGAUUCAAGGAAGGAACUGGAGGAGCGUGAGACAACACAAGCUGAGUUAAUUGACCUGAGAAGGCAGGUGCAGGAGAUGAAAGAUGAAGAGCAAGCAUUGAAAAGGGAGAUGGAGCAAGAGAGGGAGGAGAGAAGGAUAGAUUUGGGUGAGAUGACAUACGUACUGGCUCGGGGCAAUGCAGGGAUGGAGCGAAUGCAGAUGGAAGCAGGUGACAUGGUCAAGGCUGUGCAUGCGCUCAAGCUGACUGUGGACUCGGUGGCUCUGGUGGUGCGAGAUUGUGCCGGGAAAAGUGAACUGGUGGGAGUCCAUGAAUGUUUGGCGGCAUUGAAAGGAGAAGUUGCUGGUCACAAGACAGCUGCGGCAAGGGAAAUGCAUGAGGUUCGGCAGACGUUAGGAGGUGUGCGGGAGAGGAAUUGUGAGGCCGCUGGUGUGCUGGCGCAACGGGGGAGAGAGUUGGUGGAAAUGAAACGGGAGUUGGCAGCAGUGAGGCGAGAGGUAUUUGAGAACAUGUCGGCCUUACAAAGGGAGGUGCAGGAGAUAAGAGACAUAUUGCGUGCAGUGGAAGAGAGGAAUGGUUGCAGUGCUGCAAGCAUGGCAGAGAGGGACAGGGAGCUCGCAGCAGUUGAGGCGCAGCUGGCAGCGAUAAAACAAGAAUUAUUACCUCGACUCAAAGAGGCUGCAAGAAGGGAAGCGAUUGUGUUGAGUGAGGGCCAGUUGGCAAGGGCGAGAGAGGUUUUUUUCCGACAGAAUAUGGCGGCACAGGCGGAGGUGGAUGAGAUUAGAAUGAAGUUUCAGGAGAGGACCGCCGAGUUUGCAGCUGUGCUGAAGCAGAAGGGGAAGGAGUUGGCAGCAGUGAAGCAGGCGUUGGCUGAGUUUAGGAAGGCUGCAGAAAGAGAGGCGGAUGGAUUGCGGAGCGCUCUGGGUGCUUUGAGGGAAGGCAAUGAGGAGGCUUUUGCGUUGGUGAGGGAAAGCGAGAUGGAGUUGGCAAUCGUGAAAAAGGAGAUGAGGGCUUUGAGGAAUUCGCAGGGGCUGAUGGUGGAAGGCGGGGUAGAGUCCAGCAAGCAAGGGUGUGCAUCCGGAUUGAACGGCACGGCAAAAGCAGGACACCGCAAGGGUGACGGGGACGCAAUCUGGCAGGUGAGUGGCAACCAUGGUGGAAAGCUAGGCUGCCGUAGGAAUGGGAAGAGACGGGACCGGGGGUGGCUGAAGGAGGAGAAGGGGGGAUGUGGGAUGGGUGUUGGUGUCGAGGCAACGAUGGAAGGGGUUGCGAAGGUCAGAAAGGAGAAGGGGAGAGGGAUGUGGAAGGGUGGGAGGGAGAGGUGGGACAAUGCACGAGUGCAAGCGCACAGGGAGAGGCCGAAUAAGAAGAUGGAAGCAUGGCAGGAGUAUGUUGCAGUGAGAGAUGCUUGCCGCAAGGAGCAGCAGAGAAAGCAAGCAGAGGAGGUUAGAAAGAACACUGAGGACUGCCUGCGAUGGACGCCACAAGCUCCCCUCUUAAUUCUAUGCUUAUGCCUCCCAUUCUGCCAUUGCCUGGCCCUCUGCUGUCCACUUCGCCACCACCUGUUCCUCCGCCGCACAUUCCUUCGCCUCCUUUCCGCUGCCAUCCACUUCGCCACCACAUGUUCCUCUGCCGCCAAUUCCUCCACCGCCCAUUUGUUCAGCUGUUCUCUAAUCUCAACCCCCUCCCCGCCCAUUGCUGCUGCCAACUGA